CAGCACACAAGAGAGGUGACAAAGAGUGUGCAGGUAGGAUGGAGAGGGUGGAGACGAGUGUCAGGGGUGAUUUGUGACAGAAGGAUAGCAGCAAGAGUGAAAAGAAGGGUUCACAAAAUUUGAGUGAGACCUGCUAUGAUGUAUGAGGCAGAGACAGCGGCACUGACAAAAAACCGAAAAAAGAAGAAGAGGUAUCUCGGAGUGUACCAGUGGUGGGCAGUAGACUUAAUUUUUAAGCAAAUCCACUAGAAAACGAAGAAGAGGAGCGUCAACAGAGUGCAACCAACAGUCAUUGAGUGGAAAUAUGGCAAAUGACAAGAAUCCACUGAACCAGCUCAAGGACCUCGUGGGGUUAAAAGACCAGCUGGAGGACAUUCAGAAACGGGUAGAAGAUGAGAUACAGGCUGGAGUUCCUCCAGGUGGCAGUUUGCUGGCUUCUCCUUUUUUGAAGGGUUUUCUUGCUGGGUACGUUGUUGCUAGGCUACGCUCUUCAGCAUUGCUGGGUGUUGCCGUAGGAACCUGUACAGGGAUGUAUGCAGCUCAAAAUUACGCUAUUCCCAACAUCGAAAACACCAUCAAAGACUACAUACGCACCCUGAAAGGAGGACAAAAGUGAGAAGCAAGGAGGAAAAUUGGAAGAAAAGAAGGGAGCAACGAGAGAGAGACAUUUCAUGGGAUCAGAAAUGUAUGACAAAAGCUUAAAACUUUACAGAAUUUAAGGUGGUCUUUUUGUAACCUUCCAUAUUCAUAAAUAACAUAUAAAAAAAGCAAAAUGAAAAUUAAAAAAUAUUGAGCUUGGUGUAUAGGGUAAAGUGAAACAGCUAUUCUCUUCCUUUUCAUAUUUUUUUAAUUGAGUUGAUCCCAUUCAGAAGACAGAAUAUAUUAACAUGUAUGCAGUGGCUGGAAUUUAGACAAACUGCUACUUGUAAAUCCUCAUAGCUGCUAUCAUUGAUUUCUGAAGCCAACGCUGUGUUUGUUGAAACUACAGCAGGUACUUUCUGAAACCAGUACACCAGUACCAGUACACGGGCUGGUUGGUCGGGCUCUGUUGACCUUUCUAGCCUAGGCUCACUAUAAUGAAACGCAUUCAAGCAAAUUCAAGAAAAGAUAUGAAUUUUGUGCUGUUUGGUAACUUCUGCCCUCUAGUGGCCAGAAAUCAGUAAUAGAAGCCUUGACAAAAUAGCACUUUAUUUGCUCAGGGUUUAAAAUUGCCUCGCUUCACAUCACACUGCUUCUCUGCAAAACCUGUCAAAUCCCAUUGUGGUUCUUGUUAGUUUUCACGUUGUUUGCAGGUGUCAGAGCAAAAGUCUGCAGUGUGGAGUGAUGUCAGUCUGCAGGUACAGUACUGUUCCCCUUCUAGGUUAUACGUCUAAUCUCUGUACAGGUUAACGCUUUUCAGAGACCCGUCUUUUUUGAAAUUAUGUUAUAUAAUUGACUCCAAAAAGCUCUCGUUUUCAAGUAUUAAAAAUUAUUAAAUUAUGUAGCCUGUUUUAUUUAAUAUAAUCAUUGAGAUUUCAGUCUGAGCAAGGAAUACAUGCCACUUUUUCACUAGUAUUUACUCAGCUUGACUCGACUUGGGGGUUUCCAUUAGGCGGCAGUACCUGGUAUGAGGUACUUGUUUAGGAUCCACUCAGGCACAGUUCCAAGUGGGCUGAGUCGAGCUGAAAAUGUGAUGUCAACAGAAUCCAUGCCACUGAUUGGCCAGGCAGUGAUGCCGCUAGGUUAGUCAUAAGAGCUACUCCUUCAAACCCAGUGUUUUUGGAACCUGGUAAGAGGGAAAUGGGUAUACAGACGUUUUCAUACUUGGCUGCCAGAGGAAGCUGGAUAGAGCAAUUGUUGUGACAUCAUGGGACUUUUGGGCUGCCUUGCUGAGGUGGUACUCGAUUGCAAUGGAAAACUGAGUCGAGCCAAGCCACGUAGGUAUUAGUGGAAGAGGCAGUAGACUGUCUGGAAUGAAAGUAUAUGCCAAAGCUUUUUUUGUUUGUUUUUAAGAUUUAAAUUGUUCUUUUGUCUUUAUAGCAAAGUUGGGGAACGUGUGUUAAAGCAUUUUAUGUAAAAUAUAUAUGAGUGCCUACUUUGGUCUGAGGUUGACAGUAUCAUCUCAGUAGCCUUUCCCUUGUAAGAGUUGGCUGCCUGUUUUUAUAUGCUGGAAACUGAUUAUUUGCACUUGUGUGGAUUUUAUGGAUCUAAAGCUGUUGCUGAUUUUAUCUUGUGGAUUUUCUGUCAAAGGAAACAAGUGAUGGCAGUUUUACUUACUUAGAUUGUGCUGUUUGCAUCAUGGAUUUAUGAGUUUUACUUUUUUAAUAUUAGAGGUUUAAGCUGUAAAGUUGAUUAAUAUUUUGUCCAUAAACUAUUGCGCCUGCUGCAGGACACAUUCUAAAAAUCUAAUAUAUAAAACUGUACAAAAGAGUUGCCACACUUGAGAAACAAGCAUAUAGUUAUGAGUGGAUUUUCAUUUUGCACAGCAGAUAUUUAAUUUAAAUGGAUAACCUGUUUUUAGAAAUGGAUAUCCAUCAACAAAAAUGUAGAUAAUCCACUUUUUCAAAAAUAAAUCAGUAAACACUACAGUAUUCAGUGAUUCUAUAAAAUAUAAAGUUUUUGUAGAGUAAGUGCACUAAUAAACAGUCAUGUCUAGAGAAGGAUUUGUGAUGUUUUUAACACGUUGGCAACAUCCAACCGAACAUUGCCCAACAUUGCAUAAUUAGACCUAUAACACAGAUUAGAUAAACAAGCCAUAAAGGAGAAAGAUGUGAGUUGUUGCCGCUUGUGUUCACAUGUUAGUUUUUGAUUGAAUGUUAUAUCAGGCAAACAUGUACUGUAUGAAUGAUGACUGGAAUCCAGAAACAUCAUGUGCCUACUGACAGUCAUUGUGUUGCUGUCUUAUAUAUUCUUAUUGCAUGCUGUUAGUGUUUACUUUUUUUGUCUUGUCUUUGCAUGUUUUUAAGUAAUAACCUUUGUGCGACAUAGAUUAAGAUCGGUCACUUUAUGGUGCUAAAUUCUAUCGACAGUUUUGGUCUUUGUGUGUUUUUGUUCCUGCACAUCAGAACAGAAGUAUUCAUUGUAACUGUUUAUAAUUGCGCUGUGACAGUAUCAAGAAAGAA